CUUUUCCACAUGGCGGUCACACUGCUUUAAACAUUUAAUGAAUUUAAGUGAAUUAAUGGAGAAAAAAGGUAGUAAAUAUUGAUAAAUAUCACUUUUUAAAUCGUCCAAGCCGCACUACUAAAAAUCAUAAGCUUUUUUGAUGUCGCAUUCUGCGCAGUCAAAGGGGCAUUACGAUACCCCAGAGUUACAAACCAGCCAUAUCCUCGAACUACCGUACAUUCGCUCAAGAAAUAUUUACUCUAAAAAGUCGGCACAUAUUGCUACUUCGCCCAACGCUGUUGCAAAGAAAGUUAAAAGGAGACACAAUAGCGAAACUUCCAGUGAUGAAGAACGUUGGCUUACUGCCAUUGAAACUGGAAAACUGGACAAUGUUGAUGAUGAACUGAAGAAAAUAAAAGACCCCAAACUAAUGACCGCUCGUCAACGUGCUAUGUAUGAACGAACUGAUGGCUUUGUUGAAGAGCUUUUUGCUCUUCCAAGUGGCUAUAAAGAAAAGGAAAAGCCCCAAACGGCGGAGGAAAUUCAGAAGGCUAUACUCAAAUCACAGAAGCGAAAGCAGCAAGCUAACGCACGGCGAGAAAAAGAUAAACAAAAAACAAUGGAACGCUUAUUAAAAAAACAGGAAACUAACAAACAUCGACCUUUGAUUCGUAACAGGAAGUUUCAAAAGUCGUCAUAUCCAAAAGUAACCUAUAUAAGCGCUCUAAAAGCCUCUUUCGCAGUUAUGCCAUGUAAGCGGUUGUGGAAAUCGCAAAGCUUACAUGUGCUCAACCACAAAAGUUCCCAUAUGCAGUCUUACAUGUUAUCGUAAGAACAUUUUACUCAAUUCUGAGCAAUAAAUAAAA